CACUGCCAUCGCCGAUGCUCUGCUGGCCAACGAGAAGCUGCCACCGCUCGAUGCGGCCCAAUCCGGACCGACCAAGUAUGGUGCUGGUCCGUUCAACAGUAUGCUACAGAAGCAUCGCGGUAGUGGUGCCUCGGUUGGUGUUGGAGGCGGUAGUGGUAGCAGUGGAGCCGGUGCUGGUGGUAGUGGCGGCGGUGGUGGUGGUAGCGGUAGCAGCAGCAGCAGCAGCUCACGCCGUGGACUUUCCAGCAAACAACCACUGUGGCGUCCGAACCGUGAACCUCGCAAAACGCUCAACUACGAUGCCCGACCUUAUCGGCCUACCGGGGAACUGAAUGCCGCCGCCGCAGCAGCAGCGGCAGCCUCAGGCUCCUCGUCGGCGGUCGGUGGUACGUCGGUCGGUAGUUCAUCGGGCACCGGUGGUAACAACAGUCCACCCUUCCUUCACGUUCCCGAUGGACAGUUUGCGCAUCAUCAGCAGCUCGGCGAGCGUCUGUACCCGAAGGUGCACCAACAGAAUCCGACCAAUGCGGCCAAGAUUACGGGAAUGCUACUGGAGCUGCCACCAACGCAGAUCCUACUGCUGCUUGCCUCCGACGACAACUUGCGCCAGAAGAUUGGUGAAGCGCUCGAAAUCAUUCUCCAGCGGCAGCGCAUGGAGAUGGAAAGUCUCUCGAAUGGUGCACAAUCAUCCGCGUCAUCCGCUGCUGGGUCCGUCGCCACCGGUAUCACGGUUGGUGGCGUUAACAACGUGAAUGUUGGUGGCGGUGUGCCAGGCACAUCUUCUUCUCUGCUUGGUGGUGCAGCUGGUGGUAAUGGCGCUACCGAUGCGAACAACAUCGUUGCAGCCCCUGGGACAGUGGGCUCUUCGUUAUCGAAAAAGACCAGUGCACCGAGCGGCAGUGGCUCGAUGCUGAUCCUAGAUGACUACCAGCUAGAUGCACCCCUUUUCUAUACGCCUGGCAAGCGUGGUUUCUAUAGCCCGCGACAAGGUUAUCCAUCGAGCGAACGAAUCAAUGCAUUCCGCAACGUCGGAAGAUUGAUCGGAUUGUGUUUGCUGCAAAACGAGCUGUUUCCACUGUUCCUGCAACGUCACGUACUGAAGUUCAUUUUGCGGCGCCCGAUCCGUUUCCACGAUCUAGCGUUCUUCGAUCCGGUCGUGUACGAAUCGCUGCGGCAGAUUAUCAAAGACUCACAGACGAAGGUCGGCAUUAGUGUGUUGCAGAGCUUGGAGAUCAACUUUGUGAUUGAUCUGAUGCCGGAGGAAGGUUCCGGUACGGCCGAGUUGGUGCCCGGUGGUCGUGAUAUUCAGGUGAACGAAAGCAACGUCUACGAUUACGUGCGCAAGUACGCAGAGUAUCGGAUGAUCAAAACGCAAAAGAAGGCUCUCGAGGCCAUCCGUUCCGGGGUAUUCGAUGUGUUACCGGAUACGGCACUGGAUCAGCUGACGGCCGAGGAUUUGCGCCUGCUGCUGAACGGUGUCGGUGACAUUCACGUCGGUACGCUCAUCUCCUACACGACGUUCAACGAUGAGUCGAAUGAGACGAGCGACAAGCUGAUCAAGUUCAAGCGCUGGCUCUGGAGUGUGGUGGAAAAAAUGAGCAUUCAGGAGCGCCAGGAUUUGGUUUACUUCUGGACCGGUUCACCCGCUCUGCCCGCUUCCGAGGAAGGCUUCCAGCCAAUGCCAUCCGUCACGAUCCGACCGGUGGACGAUGCCCAUCUGCCCACGGCCAACACGUGCAUCUCGCGGCUCUACAUCCCGCUCUACUCCAGCCGGGCCGUCCUGCGCCACAAAUUGCUGCUGGCGAUUAAAACGAAAAACUUUGGCUUUGUUUAAAUAGGCAUCAAUCAAACAUAGUCAUGCUUUGUGGUGGCAAGUUCACCCUCCACUCCCGUGGGAUUGCCACCUGUCCGGUUUUCUCCGGUUUCGGUGAACGGAUUACCCACAUCCCGGGAUUAUACGGUACAUCCAGUCAUACAUAGCGAAUCAAUACGUUGGAAUAGGAAUACAUUCUUCAUUGUUUCUCUCUCCUUUUUAUCUUCGAGAGUAUUUUCUUCGAGAAAAUUCAAACAACCGUAUAUGAUCCAAUUCUGAAGGCAAACAAUCCACGAUCCCGGCAGAGGAAGAUUGUUAUUUUAGGUGAUACUAGUUUAGAGAGCAGAAGGCACAAUAGAAAUGUUUGCCCUAGGGCAAAUUAAAAUCGAAGGCCGGUAGGCUAAGGUGGGGGUUGCGGUGAGAACUUCGAGUAGCACUGAGGGGAUGGGAGGAUAGGCAAAAUUGAAUUGAAAUUUGCAGCUUGGAAAAUGUGCUUGAAAAACAUUGUGUUCAUCUGCAACGGCGAGUCGCGGUAUCAAUUUACAAGAAAAUCCUCCUACCGUCGUCCAGGUUUUGUUUGUGUGCUUUCGGUUGCUUUGGUUGCGUGUUCUUCAGUGAUCGGUACACGACGAAAAGCCGGGCGUAAGAUUGAACGCCGUACCGUAGCAGUAGUUCAUUUCCUUUUAUCUUAGUUGCAAAUGUAGGACAUGUAAUUUGAAAAGCAUUAAAAUAAUGCCCGCAAUCCCCUCUUCUCCCUUCCCCAUAUUCUCGUAAGGUAUGUAAAACACGCAUGUAGAAAUUUGCGUGGAGCCAAACGUUCUCAUUCAGCGGCCGAAGCAGCAGCAACGUAGCGUACUGCGUGGACGUACACCUAUGCGAGGAAUAAGUGUAAGCUGACUAAGAACGUGAACCCGGAUACAUAAUAAGGAUAGCACACGAUGAUCAGUAGAGUUGAAAAGUUUAGGGCAUAGCAAAAGAUUAUGAGAGAAAGAGAAAGUUAAGUGAACAAACACACACUGAACACACUGCAUAGCUAUGAAGCGAAUAAAUAGGGGGGAAAAUAAGUUUACAUACUACGCUCCUAGGGUAUACCUAUACAUAGCAUGCAAAUAUUAUAACAAAACAAAACGAUAUCUAUAAAUAUAAACAUAUAUUUAUGAUCUAUAAUAA